CUCGCGUCCCGGCGGCCACCCCGAACUUCCGCCGAAACCAGCUCUGUUCCCACGCGAGCCCCGGUCCUCGGGCCGGGCCGGCAGGGCGCCGAGGGCCGGACUGCGCCCUCCCGUCGCCUUCCCGCGCACCUCGCACGCCCCACCCCGGUGGGCCCGCGGUUAACGUUCGCUGCGCGCGGUGGAGGAGGGAGAGUCUGGGACUCAGCGAGCGGUGUGGAGGGAGCGGGGUGGGUCUCGGCCCCGGCCCGACCCGAUCCUUCCUCGCCUCCCCCGGUGUGGGCCGUCUUUGCGGAGCCUCAGUUUCCGCGUCUGUGACACGGGGGCCCCGGCGCUCCCUUCACGGGGCAGUAGUGAGCGGCAGGCGGAAGCACGCCCCGCUCGCAGCGCGGCCAGAGGGAGGCCCUGGCGAGAUUGGCGUUGACGGGGCUGCAGCUCACGGGAGGGACCCCGAAAGCGGAUCGGAAGCCGCUCCUGAAGGCAGCGGGUGUGGAGGUGGCGGGAUGAAGCGGAGGCUGGGCACACAGCGCAGGCGGCGUGGCGGGGAGACGCUGCCCUCUCCCCAAGGAGGGGCGCUUGGGCGCCUCGGGCUCAUUCCUUCAGCCGCUACCUCUGCAAACUUGCUCUAAGCAAGGAGCAGCAUUUAAUUCAUCAUCUCUAAAGCUCUGCCCUUAGCAAACAGUUCAGGGUUUUAUGUCGCUUUGAUCGUUUUGGAGUAGUGCAGUGUUCCCUGGACCACUUGGUUAAGGACUGAAACGUUUUAUUUAAGUCAUCCUUAAAACUGAAACCCAUAGCUAGUUUAAUUAGGAGUUGAACAGUCUCAGUGUUACUGAACUCAGACUCGGCUCCUCCCAGCUCAAAAGCCAAUACUCCAGAGACAAGUGUUGGUACAAAGGAAAGGUUGCUUUACUCAGAAGGCCAGCAACCGGGUAGAAGGUGGAUUGGUGUCCCAGAACGCACUCCAAAGAUUCUGCUCAGCCGUGACAGUUUUUAAAGGGAAGAAGGGAAAGAAUCUCAGAAUCGAGGCAGAAGGUCAAGCUCUGCGUCAUUUUCCAUUGGGUGUGGACUGGCUGACUCCUCAUGAGCUUUCUUCAGAUGUUAUCUUGCCUGCGUGAUCUCCUGCCGGAUUGCACAGGGAGAAGCUGGGGCAGCACCUAGAAGAGUGUUUGAAUGACCAGAGACAGGAAUCUUGGAUGGCUGUCUAGAAUCCUGCCUGCCUGCCACCGAGGAUUAAAUGAGAAAUGUAUGGAGAACCCUCAGAACCAGGCCUGGCAUGUGGCAAGUGCCACACAAGCUUAACCAAGUGUUCCCAAGGGCUCCCUGCCACAGACCUGGCUCCGGGGCUGGACCCUGUGGACGGCAGGCACUGGUCCUCUAAGACGGCCCGUCUGGACCCUGCCCAGGAGGCUGCCAUGGCCUUCCCCCACCUGCAGCAGCCCAGCUUCCUGCUGGCUAGCCUGAAAGCCGACUCUAUAAGUAAACCCUUUGCACAGCGGUGCCAAGACUUGGUUAAAGUCAUCGAGGACUUUCCAGCAAAGGAGCUGCAUGCCAUCUUCCCAUGGCUGGUUGAGAGCAUUUUUGGCAGCUUGGAUGGCGUCCUGGCUGGGUGGAACCUCCGCUGCUUGCAGGGCCGCGUGAGCCCUGUGGAGUACAGUAUCGCCAUGGAAUUCCUAGACCCCGGGGGCCCAAUGAUGAAGUUGGUUUAUAAACUUCAAGCUGAAGACUAUAAAUUUGAUUUUCCUGUCUCUUACCUGCCUGACCCUGUGAAGGCGUCCAUCCAGGAGCGUGUUCUCCCCGACAGCCCUCUGUACCACAACAAGGUCCAGCUCCCCGCAACCGGGGGCCUUGGCCUUCACCUGGCCCUCAAUCCAUUCGAGUAUUACAUGUUCUUCUUUGCUUUGAGCCUCAUCACUCAAAAGCCGCCCCCCGGGGCCCUCCACGUCCGCACUUCAGACUGCGCCUACUUCAUCCUGGUGGACAGGUACCUGGCGUGGUUCCUGCCCACAGAAGGCAGCGUGCUCCCCCCUCUCUCCUCCAGCCCGGGGGGGCCCAGCCCCUCACCGGCUCCCAGGACGCCAGCCGUGCCUUUUGCGUCCUACGGCCUGCACCACACCAGCCUCCUGAAGCGACACAUCUCUCAUCAGACGUCUGUGAAUGCAGACCCCACCUCCCACGAGAUCUGGAGGUCGGAGACGCUGCUCCAGGUUUUUGUUGAAAUGUGGCUUCAUCAUUAUUCUUUGGAGAUGUACCAAAAAAUGCAGUCCCCUCACGCCAAGCUGGAGGUCCUGCACUACCGACUCAGUGUCUGCAGCGCCCUCCACAGCCCUGCCCAACCCAGCCUCCAGGCCCUCCACGCCCACCAAGAGUCCUUCAUGCCCACCGAGGAGCAUGUGCUGGUGGUGCGGCUGCUGCUGAAGCACCUGCACGCCUUCGCCAACAGCCUGCGGCCCGAGCAGGCCUCGCCCUCUGCCCACUCCCACGCCGCCAGCCCCCUGGAGGAGUUCAAACGGGCCGCCGUCCCGAGGUUUGUCCAGCAGAAGCUCUACCUCUUUCUGCAGCACUGCUUUGGCCACUGGCCCCUGGACGCGUCGUUCAGAGCUGUCCUGGAGAUGUGGCUGAGCUACCUGCAGCCCUGGAGGUACGCGCCUGAGAAGCAGGCCCCGAGCAGCGACUGCCAGGCCCGGAGUGUGUCAGAGAGAUGGGCGCCCUUCGUGCAAGAGAACCUGCUUGUGUACACCAAGCUCUUCCUCGGCUUCCUGAGCCGCGCACUGCGCACGGACCUCGUCAGCCCCAAGAACGCACUCAUGGUGUUCCGCGUGGCCAAGGUCUUCGCGCAGCCAAACCUGGCUGAGAUGAUCCAGCGGGGCGAGCAGCUGUUUCUGGAGCCCGAGCUGGUCAUGCCCCACCGCCAGCACCGGCUCUUCACGGUGCCCACGUUCACUGGCAGCUUCCUGUCGUCAUGGCCACCAGCCAUCACCGACGCCUCCUUCAAGGUGAAGAGCCACGUGUACAGCCUGGAGGGCCAGGACUGCAAGUACACCCCAAUGUUCGGGCCCGAGAUCCGGGCACUGGUCUUGCGUCUGGCUCAGCUUAUCACACAGGCCAAGCAGACGGCCAAGUCCCUCUCUGACCAACAUGGGGAGAGCACGGCCGCCCGUCCCUUCCUGUCGUGGCUGGGCUUCUACCCCGCGGACACCAAUGGCUCCUACCCAGGCAAUGACCUGGAUGAGAUGGGGCAGGACAGCGUCCGCAAGACGGACGAGUACCUGGAGAAGGCCCUGGAGUACCUGUGCCAAGUGUUCCGGCUCAGCGAGGCCCAGCUCGCCCAGCUCACACUCGCCCUGGGGACCACGCAGGAUGAGAACGGGAAGAAGCAGCUCCCAGACUGCAUCGUGGGGGAGGACGGACUCAUCCUCACACCCCUGGGCCGGUAUCAGAUCAUCAACGGGCUUCGGCGCUUUGACAUCGAGUACCAAGGAGACUCGGAGCUGCAGCCCAUCCGGAGCUACGAGAUUGCCAGCCUGGUCCGAGUGCUCUUCCGACUGUCCUCCGCCAUCAACCGCAGGUUCGCAGGUCAGAUGGCGGCCCUGUGUUCGCGGGCCGACUUCCUCGGCAGCUUCUGUCGCUACCACCUCCUGGAGCCUGGGCUGUCGGACAGGCGCCUGCUGAGCCCCGUGGGGCGGGGGCAUGCGGCCAGCCUUGCCCGGGGCCCCCGGCUCAGCCUGCGCUUCCUGGGCAGCUACCGGACGCUGCUGGCCCUGCUGCUGGCCUUCUUCGUGGCCUCUCUGUUCUGCAUCGGGCCCCUGCUCUGUGCCCUGCUCCUCGUGCUGGGCUAUGUCCUCUAUGCCACGGCCAUGACACUGCUAACCGAUCAGGGCAAGCUGCACCAGCUCUGACUGCAGGCCGGCCACCACCCCCAGGCACCAGGGAGGCCACUCUGCACCCAACACCUGUCACCUUCGUGCUUCCAGGGGGCGUUUUCUUGCAGCCCUGGAACCAUCUGAAGAGAACCUGAAAAGCGAGGGCAGGGCCAGGCAGAGAGGUAGCCACACGGGGCGGGCAGCCUGCCGGCCCUGGGCCUCCCCGUUUCCUCAGCCAGAGGGCCUGCAGGGCGACGCCUUUCUCUUCCUCAGCGUGUGAAGCUCAGGAGCUGGGCCUCCCCGGAUGGCCUGCGGCCUCUGCCUUUGCCGCCCUGGAGGUGGGCGGUGAGACCCCAACAUGGGAACCCAGCCUCUGGCUCCAGAAAAUAAUCAGGCCCUAAAAGAGAGCCCUAAGAAAAUUAGACAAUGGUUCUCUGUUUCAUGAUUUUAAACCUGAUUUUGCUACCACGUUUGGCAAAGUUAGGGCCACUGUAUUUUCCCAGUAGUUCCAAGUCUGGGCCAUAUGCCUGCUUUUGAGGAGAGACCCUCCGAGAACACAGAUGCCCCCAGGCCACAGAGCAGGUCGUCAGGGCUGUCACCACCUUGUUCCCUGUGGGUGGUCUACAACCAAAGAUGGUCAAAAGCAUCAUUUGUAUCCUCAGUCAAAUCAAGCACUCAAAGACACUGAUUUUUUGGUAAGAUUUAAAUAUCCAAAGUAUAUGACAAAUGCGAGUUCACUGUCAGAAAUCCUCACAGCAUCUCACACGCGUUUCAUUCUACAGAUGACGCACCAGGGAGAACUUUUCAACUGAGAUUUUUAAAAGCCUUAGUCUUUGGUGUAUUUUUUUAAGUUUUCAAACUGUAAGUAUUGGGCUUUGUAUUUUGAUGUAAACUCGGAGUAGUGGCAUUUGGGGCCUGUGACCAGUAACCAAACCAAACUUGUAGCCGACCACGGAUCUGAAUAAACCUGUUCUCGGUC